AUGGGCACUGGAUUCUCCGCACUCUUUUCACGGCUCUUCGCGAAGAAGCAGAUGAGACUGUUGAUGGUUGGCUUGGAUGCUGCAGGAAAGACCACAACCCUCUACAAACUCAAACUUGGUGAAGUUGUCACAACAAUUCCAACACUUGGUUUUAAUGUGGAGACUGUUGAAUACAAGAACAUCAGCUUCACCGUGUGGGAUGUGGGUGGUCAGGAUGUAAUCAGACGUCUGUGGAGACAUUACUUCCAGAACACACAGGGUCUCAUAUAUGUGGUGGAUAGCAGUGAUGUUGAGCGAAUCGAAUUAGCUGCUGAAGAGCUGCACAGCAUGCUCAGAGAAGAUGAACUGAGAGAUGCUGUUCUGCUGGUGUUCGCCAACAAGCAGGACUUACCAAAAGCUAUGUCCACCAAUCAGAUAACAGAAAAGCUUGGCUUGCGUACAUUAAGGAACAGAACUUGGUAUGUCCAGGGAACCUGUGCAACCCAAGGUACAGGUUUAAUGGAAGGAUUGGACUGGCUCUCUGAUCAGCUCGCCAAGCUUUGA